UCUCUCCCUCUCUCCACGUAACACCCUGGCUUGCCCUGAACUCAGGGAGGGGACAAGGAGGAGAGGGGAGAGAAAAAAAGAGAAAAAACCCUUAUCCCUGCAGUCCUCCCCCAGAAAGAGCGAUCGGUAUAAAUAGUGUUACUCUCCCCUCACUGCCGUGUUGUCCCUUCAAAAAGUCUGAAGUUAAUCGUUUUUUUUUGCUCCCUCUCUUCCUCACUCACUCAUUUAUUCUCACACUCACACACACACACACCCUCCCUCACGCUCUCUAUUGCACUCGAACGUCUUGAAGCCUCUUUCCCAUUUUUCAGAGCUGAAACUCCAGCACCUCAAUCCUCCUCUCUCUCUCUCUCAUUCUCUCUCUCCUAUCCUCCGUUAACACCAAAGAUUCUCUCUGCAGACCUCAACUAACCGUCUUGCUCUACGUCGUUGAAGCAAGCAUUCUGACCAUCAGCGGUCAGGCACCAGAAGAAGAGAUAAGGUAGGCUAGGCCACUCCAAGCAGAGAACACACACACACACACACGCGUCUAUCGUCAUGCUGUGUGUGAGGUUGGCAUUCGCCGUGGCGCUCCUGGUGCUCCAGGCCCUGGCGCCCACGGCCCGCGCCGCGCCCAGCCAGUGCCCGGGCCUGUGCCAUUGCCACGGCGACCUGCAGCACGUCAUCUGCGACAACGUGGGCCUGAAGAAGAUCCCGCAGGUGUCCGAGACCACGCGCCUGCUCAACCUCCAGCGCAACCCGCUGGGCUCUCUGGCCACCGCCAGCUUCGCCGACAUGAAGGGCCUCAUCUCGCUGCACCUGCAGCACUGCAAGAUCCAGGAGGUCGCCGGCCAGGCCUUCAAGGGGCUCAAGAAGCUCAUCUACCUCUACCUGUCGGACAACGAGAUCACCGCCAUCCGGCAGGGCGCCUUCGACGACCUGGGCGAGCUCACCUAUCUCUACCUGGACGGCAACCGCAUCAGCGGCGUGACCAAGGGCGUCUUCGCGCCCAUGAUCAACCUCUUCAUCCUGCAGCUCAACGACAACCAGAUCCGCGAGCUGCCGACCGGCGUGUUUGCCGGCGCCAAGGACCUGCGCUGGCUGCACCUGAGCGGCAACGAGAUCGCCGCCGUGCAGCCCGGCUCGCUGGACGAGGUGGAGAACCUGGCCAUCCUGCACCUGGACCGGAACAAGCUGAGCACGUACCCGCUGGCGGCCAUGAGCAAGCUGAGGGUGGUGGAGGAGCUCACGCUCUCCAAGAACCCCCUCACGUUCCUCCCAGACAAUGCCUUCAGGAGCUUCGGACGCUACAUGGAGAAGCUGCACCUGGACAACAUGGGGCUGCAGAAGUUUGCCGACGGUGCUUUCGGUGGGGUGACGGCACUGAAGUCUUUGCACCUGGACAACAACAAGCUCAAGAGCCUCCCCAGCAGCCUGGAGCUGUCCACCAUCACCAACCUCACCCUGGCCAACAACCUCUGGUCCUGCACCUGCCAGCUCACCAACCUGCGCAAAUGGAUGGAUAUGAGCCGACAGCGACCUGACGCCGUGUGCUCCUCGCCCUCCACCCAGAGAGGCAAGCAGAUCAGAGACAGCAAUGUCUUCAGCCGCUGCAAAGGCAAGACAAAGAGAGCCAAGAAGGGAGCCCGCCAUUAAGCAGGAGGCAGACUGGAGAGAGGAGAGAGGAGAGAGGAGAGAGGAGAGAGGAGAGAGGAGAGAGAGGAGAAAGGAGAAGCCCGUCCAGGUGACCGGCUACGCGUGCGGACGAAGAGGAAAAAGAAACAUGGAAGCAAUGCUAGAACUGCUACUUUGAGACUGUCCAUUUCUUUCACUUAUAAAACGUAUAAACACACACCCUCGCCAGAUUAUGCUCCUGGUAGUCAUGCAUGUAUAACAGUACACAGAGCGUUGCAAUAAAUAUCAAACUGGGGGGGGGGGGGGGGGGGGGAGAUUAAUGUAUUCCUGGUAGGCGGGUGGAUUUAUAUUUUCAAUACUGUGUGCAAUUUACAAACAAAAUAGAGAGACAAAGUACACACACACACACACACACACACACACACACACACACACACACACCUAGGUAAACACAGCUAUACACGUAUGUCUCUGUUCUUCUGACCUCUUGAGGAAUUUGACAAAUGCUUACUCCUCCCAAAGCAGCAGCCAUGUCUGUUUGUUUGUUUUUGUUUGUUUUUGUUUGUUCUUUCUACUUUCUACUGUUUCAUUCGCUCCCUCAGACGCCAGUCAUGCACUCUUCACCCUCGAAUCUGGGACCCAAACAUCUGUCACCACGGCAAUGCCCAUACCUGGUCACCCAGGUAACCCCAAGUGCUUAGCGUCAUGGCAACCAUGAGCCCCCCCCAUCUCUAUUUCUCAGUCCCCUAUUAUUUAUUCGGGUCAUCUCUCCUGACCCAACUUCCUGUGAGAAAUCUCACCCGACAUUCUUACAAAUGCAUUAAAUGUUAAACAGUUCUAACUAUAAUGGGACUAUGUGUUGACCGUGGUCCCUAUCUUAGCUGUCACACAACUUCCUGUCACGACCUUUGAACUUUGAACCUGAAACCAACAAGCGUAAUGCAGGAGGCUGGAUACUUCUGAUUGAGGUGACGAGAUGGAAACAGAAUAGUCACAACAAGCUAUAAUGAUAUUUUUUAUGUUUGAUUGCUGACAUAAGGACAAAACACUCCCAAAACACAUUCCAAUCUUUUUUAAAGCCUAUAUGUCUCUAAAAUGAGGAAGUGCAUUGGCAUGGACUGCUAGGGAGAGAAAACUGUCUUUCAAGCAUGCUAUUCCAAUGAAAGGUGCCAUUAAUUGUUUUGAUCAGAGGAAAAAACACAACCAAGAGUGAUCUGAUCUCUUAAACAACCUGAUCAUUGAUAUCACCAUGGCAACCUAUUUCAGGCUCUUGUCAUGGAUCUUAGCUUAGCUUUUCCUACACAGACACAGACUCACACAGACUCACACAGACUACAGUGUGUUUGUUUCCGGUCCUGGUCGAGAUGUUUUCUUUGGGUCAAGGAGUGGUUGCUGGACUAUCAGGGAGCUCUGUUAAGGUACAGCACUGGCCAGGGUUCCCUGCAUGGGGCGUCAGUGGAGCAUAUCAACU